CUCCCAUAAUCCAUUGAAAGGCUUUGCAUCAUCAUCAUCAUGGCCGCGCCCAUCGUUAUUUUUCUCUGCAGACGGAAUUUUUCCAAAACUGUUGGUUUUCCUGCCGCCGUGUAUUCCAUAUUAAGACAUAAUCAUCGAGAUGACAUCGGACAGAGAUGGAAACAGACUGGUCAUUCCCAACGGUGGUUUUGUCAAGGGCAUGUUCCAGGUGUCCUGCCCAAACGGCUGAGCUUAGAACCUGAUAAGAAGCUGGCAGCCAGUGCUCCUAUCUUCCGUGCGGUGAAAUUCUGUGCAGAUGGAAGACAAGAAAGAUUUGACAUCAGGAAGCCAGCCUUGUGCCAGGAGUUAGGUCUGCAGGUACGGGACCUGCGGUUCCAACAGCAGACCAUCCUCCAGCCCAGGGACACGGCAAUCAUCAUCAGGAUGGAGGAAAUAAAGGCAAUCGUCAGCCCUGACUGUGUGUACAUCCUGGACCAUGAGGAGCCCAGAGACAAGGUCCUCCUGGGUGAAUUACAGACCCAGCUGGAGGGAGAUAACUCUUCUCCUGUAGCUCAUCUCCCACUGGAGUUCAAGGGUUUGGAGGCCAUCUUAAAUUACAGAAUCAGUAGUCUGAAGCAGGAGCUGGAUGUGUUAGAGCCGGCCAUACUGCAGGUCCUGACUGAUCUGGUGGAACCUAGCUUCAUGUCUGUGGACAGGUCCAAACUCAGGGUGCUGCUGCAGUAUAGGAAGAGUCUGACAGAGUUCCAGACGGAUGUGAAGGACUAUGUAGAAGUCUUGACAGACAUCUUAGACUAUGAUGACUCUAUAGAAGAGAUGUGUCUGACUGACAAGAUCACCAAUACCAUGGCUACCAGCAAGUCUGACCAUCUCAGCCAUGUGGAUGAGAUGGAGCUCCUCCUGGAGAACUGCCUGGGAAGGGCCGAGGACAUCGUCAACAGGGUCGCUGAGGUCAAGGACCUGAUAGAGGACUCGGAACAGAUCAUCUUCAUGAACCUUGACAGUCACAGGAACGUGAUGAUGCGACUGAACGUACAGCUGACGAUGGGCACAUUCUCCAUCGCGCUGUUUGGAAUGCUGGGAACAGCCUUCGGCAUGAACCUGUUGUCUUCAUUUGAAGAGGACCCAAAGGCAUUCUGGAUAGUCACAGGUGUCAUGUUUACAGGCUGUGGGUUGCUAUGGAGACGGUUGCUAUGGUUUCUGGGAAGAGAAGUUCCGCCCAACAGGAAGUGGAGUUGGAAGAAUUUCAAAUCGUCGGGACAAUAAAGAAAUUCUUCAGUAACGAUGAUGUGAUAAAUUAUGAUUAAAUGAUUAUACUAGGUAGGAGGCUGAUAUGCUGUGUUUUACCUCGUGUGUGGACCAUGGAAAAUGUAGGAUAUGAGUCAUUAAUUUUGACCUUUUACAUUUUGGAUGAGAAUCCACUAUCAUGCAGUAGUUUUGUAACUUUAUAUGUUAAAUGAUUAUGGGAAUUUCUGCAUGUUUUAGAACUUACUGUGUAGUUUAUGUAAAUAUAUGAGUUUGUCCUUUAUUUAUCAACCUGAAAGAGUGUUGUUUUGAGUCUUAUGAAAUUUUUUAUGUACCCUGUAAUAAUCUGUGCAAUUUCUAGCCUGUGAUAUUCGUAAACAGUUAAGAAGAUAUCUUUCAGCACUUUAUCUACAUGUUGUCCUUUUAUGGACCAACUAAUAUGUGAUUGUACCAUAACUAUCAUACGCACAAUAAGUGUUACUUCUUUUGGUUAUAGUUUAUCCGUUGCACAACUAUAUACUUUUAUAUACAACUUUGGAUUUCUUUAAGGUUAAGGCCUUUAGUUCUGUUUUUAAGACAAGGUUGGAUUGAGUCAGUGAGCAAAGAAGAUACAAGAAUGAAGAAUUAAGGUGAAAGGAUUGAGAUUAGAGCCUGUAUAUACGUAUAUUUACACAUACUUGUAUAUCUAUGUUAAGGAAGCAGAGGUCCUGCCCAGAGUCACUGUGGAUGUAAACUCCAAUCAGGAUGCAAGGGAUGUGUCAUGGUGGUUUCCCAAUUGUAAAUUAAGUGAAAAUAA